AUGUCUCCGGCUCCCAAACCUCCUCGCAAGGCUGCCACACGCUCUGCGGCCAAGUCCAAAGAUUCUCUUUCUCAGCCUGCUGAGCCUACUACUAUGUUUUAUCACGAAGGGGUCGAUCCUUCCAAGGAUUUGAAGAAUCUUCGUCGUUUGAAAAAUGCCACUGACCUUGAAAUCAGUGCCAUCCAUGCCCAGGAGUCCAUUACCGAUGCGCUAUGUGCGACUAGUUUUCGAACUGCCCGAUUGAAUUCUUAUUACAAGGCUUCGCCCCACUGGAGCACCGAGGCGAACGCUUGGAAAGGCGUGUCAGCAAAGAGAGAGCUGCCUGUGGCUAUACGAGCUUAUCAGACGAUCAUCGAGCACAUUAUGUCCCACUUUGGAUUGGCGAAAACCUUUGGCGGCGGGCGCAAAGCUUGGGUGACUUCUAACGAGGCGAUCCAGAACUUCAAUGAGGGUGACUUUCCUGUGCCUAAUAUCUGUGUGACUGGAAAGGGCGACUAUCUCCCUGCUGAUGCGCAAGAUCCGUCUAACCCAAGCUACGAGCGGAGUAUCUUCUUCUGCGUGGUCCAACCGGAUACCGAGUUCCAACCCCGUGCAUCGCAAGCAAAUAUUUUUGAACCUUUGGCUAGACAUAUUUUCUAUGCGCAGCCUCAUCGCCGUUUCUUCCGCAUGCUCCUUCUCUCACAAAGUGGCCACAUGCGUCUGUUCCACUUCGACCGAAGUGGAUGCAUCGAUACGCCCUCCAUCAACAUAAACGAGCGCCCAGCGACCUUCGUGCGCACAAUCCUGAGCCUAUCGUCCCAUGAUCCCACUGCUGCCGGUUUUGACCCUGAUAUCUUCUGGAAAUGGGGACGAGUCGGGCAGAAGCGCGUUCGACAAGGCUAUAUUCGUAUGAAGAACCAGGAGGGCAAAUGCACACUCCUUAAUGUCGUCGGGAAGGGGCCAAUCAGCAUCAGGCCUGGGGUGCAAGGCCCCGCAAACGCCCUGUACCAUGUUGUGGAUGAUUCGGGUAAGCAUCUCAUCGUGAAGGACGCGUGGAAGUAUACGGGUGGCUCUGCGGGUCAGUAUCUCCCUCGACCUUGGGAACAUGAGCUCCUUCUUGCUGGAAAGGACUUGCCCGGCGUGUGCCAGAUUGUCGAUUACUCCAUCGGUGUCUCAACCACAAGCUUCCGAGGCUACCGCAUGCCCGACGUUGAGUUUACCCAUUACCGAUUCUCCAUGGAGAAAUAUGGCAACUGCGCCCUGGGAUUUGAGUCGGCCAAACAACUUACAUGUGGAUUUCGAGAUGCCAUUGCGGGACACCAAAGAAUGUAUAUCAAGAAGAACAUCAUCCAUCGCGAUAUCAGCCCUCGCAACAUCGUCUUCGGGACAGAGGACGCGGAACCUGGUUGGGAAGGGGUGGUGAUUGACCCCGAGUUGGGUACCUACACAAACGGCCAUCCUGAAGCCAACGAGGACCAUGCCAUCGCUAGUUGCGAAUUCGGAACGAAAGUUUUCACGUCGAUGCUCAUCGCGGAAACUUACCACCCGGAUGUCCCGCCAUUCCCGCAUGACCACACGGAUGAUUUGGAGUCGUUCUUUUGGAGCUUCCUCUACGUGUUAUCGGUAUACAAGGAGCCUGGAGUGAAGCAGUCCCCCAGGCCCAAGAUCAUUGAUGAUAUCUGUUCAGACAACAUGGCGGACGUCUACCAAGCCAAGAUGAAGUUCUUGGCAAAGGGAUUGAACCAAGACGAGCUGGACGCCAUGGUUAGCCCCUUCUGGGGCCAUUUGGGUGACAAGGGCGGACUCCUUGACAAGUUCCUGGACUACAUCUCCGACCUCGCCUUUGAAAAGGACACCUAUCUCGGGAAUAAGGAACAGCUGGAGGCGUUUGUGGCCAAGGCGGACGAACACUACGCGAAGGUCUUGGAAAUCUUCCAAGAGGCGAUUGAUGGUUUUGACAAAGCCGAGAAUGAAGAUGAGGAUGAAGAUGAGGAUGAAGAUGAGGAUGACAGUCGUGGUGUUCUAAAACCUAGCGGGGCUGAUAAUAUUCCACGAGGAGGCAUUUGGGGUGGGAAGAAGCGAAAGGUCGACGACAGUGACAACGAGGAGGACCGCUACAAAAAGCGGGCACGAGACAUGUUGGACGACGAGAAUCAUGUGUACGAGAACGAGGUUUACCAGGGGAAUAGUUUCGAGGUUUAG